UCAACUAAUAUUUUGAGUUUUGAUGUUUAUUACUCUGAGUUGAAAAAUGUCAUCAUUUUCUUUGCUAAAGAAAUAAACCCCUUUGCCAAUGAAGUGACCUCUAAGAAUCUAAAAACUGAACAUUUACAAUUCUAUUCCAGAAUUUAUGAUGAUUAUAAGAUAAAUGAUACUUUUCAACAAACUUGUACGAAUGAUAAAAUCGUGAUCAAUCCAAGCUGUCAAAUUGAAGAUGUACCAAUAGUGACGAUUAGAACCACUAUAUUAGAAGUUAGAGAUUUAGUUGUUAAGUCGAAUAACGUUCAUGUGAAAUUAUCUGUAAUAAAGUUAGAUGAAAUGAAUAAAUAG